CUAGCAAAAUUUAACAUUUAAAAUCUCCAUAAGGAAGGGUUUAACAGCAACACAGUAACAUGAAUAGACUGUUACUCGGCUUGGGUGUCGUUAUGAUGGCGGCCACUUUUCUGCAGACGACAGAUGCUCGUCGCCGUGGAAACAGAGGUAAACCUAAACGGUUUGCUUUCAAAUUGCGCGAAACAAAAGAGUUUCAUAACAACAGAUUACCUGAAACACUGAAGUACGACAUUGACGUCGAAGGAUUUCCUGUGACCACGCUGGAACUCGUUUUGAACAAAAAGAUGAAUGUACCGGAAAGUGAAAUCGGAAACGAAAGAAACGGUUUCCGUAAAGCACCCAGACAACGGACCAAGAUAAUCGGCAUAUACACGGACAAGAACGGACACGGAUCAUUCGCAUGUGAAGCUAGCCGAGUCAAUAAUCGGCAGUUGAACUGCGAUCUCAGCGGCCUUGUUUACUUCAAAAACGAAGCCUGCUACAUUGGAGGCGGAGUACAACAGGCCGAGUGCGGAAACGCUACCACGGAAGGAGAGCUGGUUACCCUCAUCCCACCUGAUGUUGCAAGGUCGACGAGGUCCGUUCCUACACACCAGAUAUCAGAUUUACUGGCCCGAGGCCGCCGCUCGAUUCUACCUUCACCAGGAUUCAAGGUCGUUGAAAUUGCAUUUGCAUUGGACGCUGCAUUCAUGGAUCAAUUUUACGAACGUCACCCUAACAAUCCGACGUUGGCCCAAACCGAAGCUGAAAUUUACAUGGCCCUGUUGGCAAACGAGGUUGGCACUGGAUGGAUUCUUGCUUAA